GUUUUUCAGGAAGGAGUGGUUGCAGAAGAUGGCUUUUUUGCAGUAUUCGAUGGACAUAAUGGUUCUGAGUGUGCCACUUAUGCAUCUGUUCAUCUUCCUAUUUGUUUUGUUGAAGUUCCGAAUUUUAAAAAUAAGUCUCCUGAUGAGUUGAUGGUUGAAGGAUAUAAAAGUGGUACAACUGCAGUUUGUGCACACAUUGCUGGUAAAAAAAAAUUAUGCAUUGGAUGGUGUGGUGAUUCCGGCGCAGCCCUUUUGCGAUCUACUUCUAAGAUCAAACUGUGCUUUUUAAGGGUUAUGGAUGAAGGUGGUUUUCUUAUCUUUAUAAAUGGUGAAUUACGUGUUAAUGGGGUCCUGAACAUUACACGUUCUCUAGGUGAUCUUUCCGCUGGAGAAGCAAUUUCUUCUGUACCAAGUACACUUACUGUAGAUCUGGACGGCAGUGAAUAUCUUUUGAUUCUUGGUAGUGAUGGAUUGUAUGAUGCGUUUGAUGGGAAAGAUUUGUUUGAUCGUGUUGAAAAGUUUGUUAAAAGUCGUCCAGCUAAAGAUUACAAUGAGCUUUCGAGGUACCUCUGCAGAGAAGCAUCAGAAGAAGGAUCGUGUGACAAUAUUACUGCAAUUUGUGUAUUCUUACGACCAGUAGAAGAUCUCUGGAAACUUUUUUGUUCUAGCCAUUGA